CCCCGCCGACCCACACAGUGUAUGGUACGUGUGACAGCAGGGAAGAUCCAAGCCGGGACAUUUCUCUGUGGAGUCUCCCAUCCCAACUCACUGGCCGGCCCGCUGAGACCGCAGUCCGCAACGCUCCAGAGAUCCCUGCAGCACCUUGAAGACUGAGGACUCACAAUCUCCAGCGGGAAUCCCAUCCCACUGGGACCAUCACUAGGAACCUCUUCCCACUUAAUCCCAGUUGGUCCGCCACUAGAGAAGGUUUAGUUUAGAGAUACAGCGUGGAAACAGGCCCUUUGGCCCACCGAGUCUGCUCCGACCAGCUAACGAAUUCCACAGAUUCACCACCCUCUGGUUUAAGAAAUCCCUCCUCAUCUACUUUCUAAAGGUGCGUCCUUUAAUUCUGAGGCUGUGACCUCUGGUCCUAGACUCUCCCACUAGUGGAAACAUCGUCCCCACAUCCACUCUAUCCCCGCACACUAACGUUAUCCUAGACACACACACUGGGGACAAUUUUACAUUUACUCCAAGACAAUUCACCUACAAACACGCACGACUUUGUAGUGUGGGAGGAAACCGGAGCGCCCGGAGAAAACCCACGCAGGUCACGGGGAGAGAACGUGCAAACUCCGUGCAGACAGCGACCGUGGUCAGGAUCGAACCCGCUGUGGGGCAGCAACUCCACCAGUGUCCCGCUCGAGGGUGGGGAGGGGGAGAGCUACCAUGAAGGAUCUGUAGCUACCACGAUGGAGUUCCCCACGGAUACAUUGCCGACGUCUGUCGCUGCCAACAUGUCGGACCUGGGGAGGGAUCGCAUGGAUUGGGAAACUAUCGUCAUCUCCUCGGUCUAUGCCCUGGUUUGCUGCGUUGGGGUCUUGGGCAACUCUCUGGUAAUCUAUGUCAUCCUGAGGCACACCAAGAUGAAGACCCCCACCAACAUCUACAUCCUCAACCUGGCUGUGGCCGACGAACUCUUCAUGGCCAGCAUGCCCUUUCUGGCCAUCUCGGCCGCCCUCCAGCACUGGCCCUUCGGCCCGUCCGCCUGCAGGCUGGUCCUCAGCAUGGACGGCAUGAACAUGUUCACCAGUGUCUUCUGCCUGACGGUCCUGAGCAUUGACCGCUACCUGGCAGUGGCCCACCCCAUCCGCUCCGCCUCCUACCGGCGCCUGCCAGUGGCCAAGGUGGUCAACCUGCUGGUCUGGGUCCUCUCCCUGCUGGUCAUCACCCCCAUCAUCGUCUUCGCCGACACCCAGCGGACGGAGAGCGGGGCGGUCAUCUGUAACCUCAUCUGGAGCAGGAGGUGGUGGUCCAAGAUCUUCGUGGUCUACACUUUCUUCCUGGGUUUCCUCAUCCCCGUCACGGCCAUCGGCCUCUGCUACUUCCUGAUCGUGGUCAAGAUGCGGCAGGUGGCCCUCAAGGCGGGCUGGGUCCAGCGGAGGAGGUCCGAGCGCAGGAUCACCUGGAUGGUGAUGUUGGUGGUGGUGGUCUUUGCCGUGUGCUGGACCCCCUUCUACACGGUGCAACUGGUCAACGUCUUCUGGUUCCCGCCCCACCCCACCCUGGGCCAGCUGGUCACCGUCCUCAGCUACGCCAACAGUGGGGCCAACCCCAUCCUCUACGCCUUCGUCUCCGACAACUUCCGCCAGUCCUUCCAGAAGAUUCUCUGCGUGCGCUGCCUGGGAGCCGGGCCGGAGGAGCAGGCGGGCGAGUGCGUACUGGCCCUCAACGCCAAAGUGGGCGAGGAGGAGGCCGAGAGCCAGGAGAGACGAGUGUCGGGGGCUGUGUACCCUAACGGGACCUGUACCUCCAGGACCACUGCACUGUAGGGUGUGUGUGUGUGUGU